GUUGCAUUUUACGACCAGUAGACGGCGCAGUAGUUUCAUUCAUGUGUUUUUUUGCGUACAUGGGUUUUACAGGAAGUGAUACAGGCGAACCGGAGGUUGUUGUUUUUUUUACCGGCUCCGUAGCAAGAGAUUCCUCCGUCCUCACGUUUGUUUUACCCCUUUGUAGUGGCAAUAUGAGUAAGUAAACAUUAUUUUCCAUUAGUAGAUUGCAAACGCUUCUGUAGUUUAUCAUAAUUUGUUAAUUAACGAGCGAGAUGUGAUCGCGGACUCUGCCCGUAGAUCUGUGUGUGUUAGCUCCGCUACCUCCGUUAGCAGGCUACAUGUAAACUUGUAUUAUUUACCUUGUGGUAAUUGAACCUUUUGUGUAUUUGUUUCAGUUUCACAAUUUCGAUCCUGUCACAACUCCAGCCUGUUCCUUGGAUAAAAUGUCAGAAAGAGUUUAGCUGGCUGUGAAUCUCAGUCCAGGACACUAGUCAACGCUGGGUGUUUGCCGAAUUAACAACUUGGCCUAGAUAGUUAAGAGCGUGUUAUAGACAGCGUUUCAUGGCAUGUUUACAAUUACUUCUAACGCAACAAGUCUUAAAUUGGGUUUUUUUUUCAUGGAGUCUGGUGAGUCUUUUUUUCUCCAAAAUCAGCCUGUUCGUGUUCACUGGAUAUGUUCAAUGAUCAGUGUUACAUUCUUUAAUGCAUUUGUUGUAAAUGUUUAAAUCAGCUGAAACAGCUGCUGGGAGGUAUGAACCACUUCAGACACAGAAGCAGAAAAGAUGCACUUCAACCACAAACUGACACUUUUUGCAAAGAAAGAAACAUCUGAAUGGUUCCUAUUUAAUGCCGAAUAUACAGGAAGGCACCAUUUAUGUAUAAUUUGUUGUAGCCAUUUCACAAAGUUUGAAAAGUUUCUCCUCAGGAUGCGACAACUCUUAAAAUGACGUGAUUGUUAAGGGAGUCUGGUGACAUUGCCGUUCCUAAUAAAUUUACUUCAUUGCGUGGAACAAGUCCGUGAGUUUCACGCACGCACACACACGCAGCCGCUCACUUCCUGCAACAAUUUGAUAAAGUUUGUCAAAACAAGUUGAAAAGUUCAAGUUGGAGUCAUAUUGUUUGUAUUGUUUGUCACGUGAUCCUCUGUCUCCUCCACACAUGUUCAGUCUUCCUGCCAAAGAGUGCGCAGUUACUGAGGAGUUCCAUGUGAAGGAAUGAAAGAGGACGUGUUGGUGUGUAAAGUUUAGUCUUUUGGACAAGAGAUGAGGCGUAAAGAGGCUCCGCUUCAUGUUUACAGUCCGAUCACUGAGGAGCGACACUUAAAGUGAAACUAACAAGUUGGUGAUGAGGUGAGUUUACCCUCGACUGACUCAGAGGAGAUUUGCGGCCUCCAGAUCAGUUCCAGCAGUGGUUUUAACCUGAAACGUGACCUCCACCUCCUCAGUGAUGUUCCUCACACUGUCACGACUGGAAGCGUUUCAGUGACAGAGGACGUCCUGCAGGUGAACUUUACUGUGUAACACGUUUCUGCAAAUAGAGGAAUGAGGAACACAAAGAAGUGGAAGAGUCAGCUCAUAAACACAGUGCUGUUGUCACUUUGAGGACUUUGGAGAGAAUGUGUGCUGUUCAGAAGUUAAGCAUGAAGAGGUGUUUAAUAAUUAAGGUUUUUCUCUCUCUCUCUCUCUCGACACUCUCCCUUCUGCAUAUUGAAAAACUAAAAAACUGAGUUCCUGUGUGAGGCCCUGGCCCUGAUACCCUUUUAGUGAUUGCUGUAAAAGCAUUGUGGGUAAUGUCUGAGGGGUCCUGUGACAGAGGCCUGCUGUGAAUAACUUCAGUAAUGACGCAUUCAUGUUCUGUUUUCCACUUCAGGUUGGCCUGAUGAAAGAUGUCAGUCAGGACGGCUCCCCUCUUGAUGACCCUCUUCGGUCUCACAGUGGGUCAGAGGCCGUUCACUGUGAAUGUGACCAGGGAGAACCACCAGGCAGUGGAGCACAGUAACACCACGCUGACAUGGCUCUUCCCUGUCAGUACUGACACGCCUUCUGCCUCACUGCAUAUACAUAUUCGGAGCGUGAACCCACUAAGGACGGUUUUCCUCUAUGACAGUCCAUCUGAGGCUGAGCCAUAUCAAGAUGAAGACUACAGAGGUCGGGCCUGGUGUGAUCCAGAGCUCGCCAGGAAAGGACGGAUCGAGUGUCUCCUGACUGAUCUGAGGCUCAGCGACACAGGCUCCUAUCAGUGCGUUGUUGCCGUUAAUAGAGAUUCCAGCCACAAGGCAUGUCACCUCAGUGUUACAGCUGCCAGCAUUCAAGCAGUGACUGAGCCAUCGAAGCCAGCCGGCCAGGGAAGGAUCGGACUCUACGCAGCUUUUGAUUACUGACACAGAUGAACGCGUGGGUCAUUUGCAGCUGACGCCACGUUGAGAGGACAGGAAACAGUGAUCUGCAAUACAGGUGUGUUCUGUCAGAGGAAGGUUCACCUGAGCUGACAGUGGAGACAGUCCUGACUGUUGGGUUUGGAACAUGUCUAAGCCCUGAGAGCUUGUAAGAUAUAACCAUCAACAAGAGAGAAAUGAUUUCAAGUACUGACAGUACAAACAUUCCCACCUGCCGCUCUCAGUAAUUUCGUUUAGAUGACUCCUUUCUGUUGCACACCUCCUCAUCAACGAGUCUUCAGCUUAUCUUAUUACACCGAUGAGAGAAACAUCCAGCUUGGAAAUGUUCCACAAAUGUCAUCAGUGGUGACUUUGCACCCACACUGGUCCUGAGUUUGUUGUCGUGUAAAGUUUCCAGCGCAGGUUCAGAGUGAAACUACAGUUGCAUUAUAACAAUAUUCAUCAGAAGACAAAGAUUAACAUUAAAUACAUGAUGACAUCACUUCCUGUGUGUCUGUAACAUCAUACAACACAUGAGAACAAGCAGAUCAGUUCAGCUGAAGCUUCAUGACAUCCUGCAGGAGUCCAGUACAGGAGAGAUGAAUCAUGAUGUCAGAUUAUGGAUUAAUACAUCAUGUAGAGAAAUUUAAAGUAUGAAUGUAACUUGUAUAACAUACACCUGGUGUACAAGGUCGACAUGUGACAGUAAGUCCUGACAGUGCAGCACUGAGCUGUACAGGGAGUCGUCUUCCUCUUAAAGGAUGGUAACACAGUGUACCAGUGUGAGGUUACCAGGUAGCAAUGAUAAGGACGUGUGAUUGAAGUUAAUACAGAGACAGGUUAAUGAAACGUCUUAAGCUUUAUUAUAAAUUAUCACUAUCAGGCGGAUGAGUCAGUCAGUCAGUGGACUUGAUAGACCCCAGUCACUGUGCAGGUGAAGUAAAAGCUUCUUCCACAGAUCACCACAGGGGGCGCCAACCCACACUACCUGAUACGACACAGUGCAUGUGCUCCUUCUGACCUCUGAGACGAGGGCGGCUGUAGUUGAGUCCCAGGACGCCAAGUCAAGUUACCUGAGAGCCUCAUUCUCAUAAAGUUGUAGUACUCUCUAAGUAGUAGUGAUCUGAUUUUAAACUGAAAUGUGUUCUUAGGCUCUUUUGCAGCUGAAAAUGUCACCCUGCUCUACUCGACUCAACUUCCAGCACAAGAGGAAAAAAACCCUUCUGAGGUGUGAAUAGUGACACUGUCUAAUUGUUGCUGUCACAGCAUCACAUCUAUAUUUGUGAAAUUCAACUGGAAACAUUUUUCAGUCAUACUGAUGAGAACUGGCUUCACGUGUUCUUCUCACUCUAAGACACGCCGCAGUUUAUUUUAGCAUUUGAUAUCUGGAGUCACUGUAGUAACAUGAGGCAGAACAAAGUCAUCUCAGUUUACAGAUAUCUUUACUGCAUCUCAUCAGGCUGCAGCUCACAGGACAGGUCACGUCUUACAGAUUAAACGUUGUUUAAUUAUUUAACUGAAUAAAAAAUCAAUGUUGUAAUAUGGUUGAAUCCAAUGAUUUUAUGUUUGUUGGAUGUGAGAUAAUGACGAGGAACAAACAUUUGGAAAUGUAAACAUGUCUAAGUGUGAUGUGGUCAACACCUCCAGUGGUUGAAGUAAGAACAGAGUCACACAGACACUCUGAAGAAGAAGCUGAUGAAAAACUUAAAAGAAAGUUUUAAUCAUUAUUUUAGUGCUGAAUACACUCCUGUACGGACAUGCUGAAGGUGACUACUUAUCUUUUCUAUAUUUACUGAUCAUGUUUGUCCUGUAUGUCACCUGCUGUAUCACUCUUGAUCACUUGUUUUGUCGUAAAUCGUUCAUUAAAUCAUUUAUUAAGAGUAUUUUUGUAGUCCAAACAUAUCCGAGGUUGCACACCCUUCAACCACGCAGCAGCAUGUUGAAAGUCUCACAUCAGUCUGAUCCUGUUCUGCAGAGAUAUUUGAGGCACACACACAGACAGAC